ACCCGUUCGGAUAUCUAGCAUUUUUAAAACCCUACGUCGCUUCACGUUCCCAGGUUCAGAUCACCGAGCUGCUGUGCAAGCAGAUCUGUGUGAGAAAAAAUGGCGGUUCCGUUGAUAAGCAAGAAAAUUGUGAAGAAGCGUGUCAAAAAGUUCAAGAGGCCCCAGAGUGACAGGAAAAUUUCUGUUAAGCCCAGCUGGCGAAGGCCAAAGGGUAUUGAUUCCCGUGUAAGGAGAAAGUUCAAAGGAUGUACCUUGAUGCCAAAUAUUGGUUACGGGUCAGACAAGAAGACCCGUCACCAUCUCCCUAAUGGAUUUAAGAAAUUUGUUGUGCACAAUGUGAGUGAGCUGGAACUCUUGAUGAUGCACAACAGGACUUACUGUGCUGAGAUAGCGCACAACGUAUCAACCCGGAAGCGAAAGGAGAUUGUUGAGAGGGCAGCACAGUUGGAUGUUGUUGUUACCAACAGAACAGCCAGGUUGCGUAGCCAAGAGGACGAGUGAUUGGUGUUAGCAAUCAAGUUUUUAUUUUUAUUUGUUAUCAUCUUUUAUUGGCUUGAAAGUUUUGGAACUUGGCGGUAAAUCUUUUCCUGAAUGAUUGUACUGAGAUACUUGGUGGAGAUGGAGACUUUUUCACCC